CAACAGAUGCUUUUCUCAGCUCCAACUUAUUUCCAAUCCCUGACUAGCCAAGAACGCUGGCGUUACAUCGGAAACGCUGGGGUGCAGAGACCAGACGACGACGCGACGCAAACGGCAUUCACAAUGACGACAACGCAACGCAAGCAAGCAUGUGAGAAGGUACAACGACUCCCAAAGAGCACAAAAUAUUGUUGAAUGAACGCGAGCGUAACGUUCGGAUCGUCGUUUGUCGGCUUCAGUUAGUCAGUGGACUUCAACGCGAGCGGUGGUGCGAUCCUGUGCGUGCCGAGUAUUUCUCCGGGCGGUUUGUACCUGUAUGCAUUGUGGUCGAUGGCAUAGAGCGCGGUCUGAGGCGUGAGAAAAUAUCCCAUAUUUGUACUAGUGGCGGGCGUGUUUACGUUUCCAUGUGUCGAGUGUGGGCCUUUGGCAUAAAAUUCACCGAAGAAGAUAUUUAAUCGUUAUCAAUUUGGGAUCUACCUGUGGAUACAUCAUCGAAUGCUGUGAAACGAGGAAAAUUCGCAAACAACUCAACAACGGUGUACUGAAGUGCCUGAAGAGAAAGAAGUGCAUUGAAUAAAAAAAAAAAGAUUUGAUAAUCGUUCGGCUCAUAUAACAUACACAAAUUGAUAAUAAUCAUCCUGAAACGUGCUGAACACGACCGGUGGGGCAUUGGAGAGUUACUGUUUGGAGUUAUUCUGCGAACAAAACGAGAAAAAACAAGUGAUUCUAAGGAUGAUGCAUCAAACAAGUGUGGCAAUUUGAUGCCGAUGUGAUUUGCGGUUGGCCGGAGAUGAACUAAGCAAGAAGAUUUUCUCAACAAUAAACACCACGGCACGAUGACACAAUCGUGAUGGAAACGGAAAGCAUUGUCAGUGAACCUCCACCUGGCACGAGAGGAUUUCCGACUGAGAGAUCCGCAUCAAUGACCGUUCUGUCACCCCAAGGAAAAGCAAACCACCAACAAUUACAGCAACUACACCCGCAUCAGCCACCGAGGGUGGCUCAGCUGGAAACACUGGAAGCAAAGAUGGCAAGCAUAGAAGUCUCGCUGAGUAGUGCGACGCCACGAAGGAGAAAAGGUUCAUCACUCGGCGGAGGCUCCCUUUCGGCUCGGUCGUCACCGCGGCCAGACUGCCCCGGCAGGGAAAUGCGGUCUGCUCUACAGGACCGUGAAGCAGUUAUACAAAACUUGCGAUUGCAACUCGGGUUGGGUAAACUACCUCGACCAACAGGACCAGCAUUCGACGACGAGGAACGACCAGCCGCAGAGCAGAAGCUUUCCAAACUGCGAUCGGACGCUGAGAACAAGAAGGUGGCGAUACGGAACCUGAAAAGUGCGUUGGAAAAGUUGGAUAUCACUGACAACAUCGACAUUCGAAUCCGCCAGGCUGAGUUGGAAUACGCUUUGGGGCGAGAAGAACUACAGCUACUGUCACUAGUAGAAGAAGCUAGAGCACUUCAGGCUAGGUUAGAUAAAUCGAAACCAGAAUCGAAUUCUCUCUACGGAAUGCUUCAAUCGGGGAUUAAUUUAACGCUGCAUGCCGUGAAAGCUACGCCAGGCCGGUGGAAUGCCAGUAUGAAAACAGACUUUCCCGGUUUCUGGAUCGAUUGGGCUUUAGAAGGGGAAGGCCUCAACCGUGGCGAUCGAAUCAUUGAAGUGAAUGGUAAGAUUGUCCCCGGUAGGACACGAGAAGAGUUGCAGAAACUGAUGAGCACGUCUGGAAAAUGUGAGAUGGUUAUUUUGAGGAAAAAAUCUUUACCGUUUUCGCAACAGCAAUUGCAGCAAUCACAAGCUGAUAAUGUUCGACUGAAACAUCGAAUAUCGUACUUAGAAGAUCAGGUCAAAGAGUUACUUGCAUCAAGAGACAAUAACACCGAUAGUGGAAGCUCUCAAGCCAGUAUCAUUAACGGGAAUGGAGGAGCACAUGUUACAUCGAUUAGCAUCACCUCACCACCUUCAACGCCCCCCGAUAACAAGCCACAAAUCUACCAAAGAGGUUCGUUUGUUACAACAAUCAUAGACGGAAAACCCUCAAAAACUCCUCCAAACAGCGAAAGUCCAAAGACACAUCACGGUCAUGUAACUACGACAACUAUUAUAAAAGAAUGUGAUAAAAUCAAUGGAGAACUAACAAGUGGAAAUGUGCUUAAACACAACCUCAGGAAUUCCAUGUCUUCUUCGAAAAUUUCGAUCAACAGCGAUAUGAGCAACAGCACAAUACAAUAUUAUCAAAAGAAAGAGCGUGACAAACGAGAACGCGAAGCACGGCGGUUAGAGCGUGAAAGGUAUAUGCAACAAUAUGGAUCCAAAUUACAAAGGAGUGUGAACGAUUUGGAUGGUGAUCCGGAUCGACGACAUCUUCAUUACCAUAGAUCUCAUGCACGAAGCGUUGAAUAUCUCAACGGAGGAGCAUCUGACAGGCGAAAAUUAACUCUUCCUAGCGAGUCCAGCUCACGGCGAGAAAUGAGAAGCGUCAAAAGUCUCGAUUUUGAGAGCGACAACAAUGAACAAUACGCCUCCGAACCAUCUGGUCCAAUGAGAAUAAUGAGACCAGCCCCACCAAAGAAACCUCUUCGGCUGUCUCUGCAGCGAGCACAAAGCCUCCAAACCGUGGAAGGGAUCAUGAUUGACCCUAAUGGUGACAAAAAACGCGGUAUGAAACGGUCUCAUCGCAGUGGAAAGAGCUCAGAUGUAUCCUCACAGUAUAUCGAGAACAGUGUUCCUCUUCAAACCGCUUCCCUUGGUCGACAAAAGUAUAUUUGAAAUGUUUGCCAUCGAAAUUUACAACUUACGUACUGAAAGCAAUUUUCUUAGGGUGUGUUUGUUAGCACGCUAGAAAGCUUUUCGAUAAUGUAUAUUUUGAUAAUAUUUAAAAUACAAGGAAUAGCAUCAUCGA